GCUCACAGAAGAUCAUGUAGAAAGAGAGACAGAGAGGAAGAUAGAGGGAGAGAGUAAAUUGUAUCAUCUGAGAGCCGAGUGUGUACUCCAACAUAUAAUAUAUUCAUUUGGAUUUCCAAUCGAUCAGAAAAUUUUUAUUGAUCUACUGCCAAUCACAAAGUUAGUCAAACAAAUCAAUUUACAUUUUGUUUUCUUUUUGUUUCUAAGACUUCCUCUUUCUUAUCAUCCUUAUCAUCUCUCUCUCUCUCUCUCUUUCUUAUCUCCAUCUUCAUCAGCAUCUUCUUCAUCCUCAUCAUCUUUUCUCUUUCUUUUCUUUUUUUCUUCCCUUUUGUUUACCUUUUGUUUUUUUUGCCUCGUUUUUUUUUUCACCAAUUGUAUUGAUCAAUAGUUAAUUGUUGACUUUAACUUUUUUUUUGAUUGUGAUUUACUUAUUGCGCCUAAUUUAUCAAUUAUUUCAACUUAACCGUGACAGUGACCUUAAUUGAAGGUAAAGUGUCAAUUUAAAUCGUCCAAUUGUCAUCACAAUUUAAUUUAUUUCAUUAAUUGUUUUACCUGAUUUUGUAAAUCAAAAUGGAAAGUGAGGAUGAACGUUACAGGCGAGAAGACAAGGAGAGGAAGAAGGCAGAAGUACGAAGACGGUUGGAAGAACAGGCAAAAGCUGCCAAAGGAAAAAGAGGAUUUCUAACACCAGAUAGAAAGAAAAAAUUAAGGGCAUUAUUAAGACGCAAAGCUGCCGAAGAAUUGAAACGAGAACAAGAAAGAAAAGCCCAAGAAAGAAAACGAGUAAUUCGUGAGAGAACAGGCCAACCAAAGCAUAUUGAUGCAAGAAACGAUGCUGAAUUGAUUAAAAUCUGUAAAGAGUAUCACAAACGAAUAACAUCCUUGUCCGAUGCCAAUUAUGAUGUAGAAGUUGAAGUAAAAAGAAAAGAUAUCAUGCUUCAAGAAUUGAAUGCCCAAGUCUGUGACUUACGAGGUAAAUUUAUCAAACCUACAUUGAAAAAAGUAUCCAAAUAUGAACAGAAAUUGGAGCGGAUGAGAGAAGUGGCUCAAAAGGCUGCCAUGGAUUUCCGAGGAACUUUGAAAAAGGUCAAAUCUGGAGUAUUCAAUUUCACCGAUACGGAUACAGAAACUACUAAGAAACCUGAAAAAUCUGAAGAGGAAAUAUAAAUCUAAGAUGUUCAUUUUCGUCAUCGUCCUUUUUUUGGUCAAAACAAAUAUCACUAAACGAUUAUAUAAACACAACAACAUUGAUUAUGAUUGAACUGUUUUAAUUAAAACAAUAACCUGGGUCUUUUCAUGAAGAAGACAAGGAAUCAAGGCAAACCAAAUGACAACCAAAUUAAUACUCAAACAAAUUGAAUACUAAUCUCUAAAUAAUCCAAAGGCUAAUCAAAUGAACCAGUGAACAUCCCAUUAAUCAAGGUGAACAAUUAAAUCAGCUAACCAACCAGUUUAA